AUGCCACGACAUUAUCACUACCAACCCAGUCGCGAACUCCAUGUGGUAGUCCUGGGAGCAGGCGGCGUGGGCAAAAGUUGUUUAACUGCCCAGUUCGUCCACAAUGAGUGGAUCGAGAGCUAUGAUCCCACCAUAGAAGAUUCUUAUCGCACGCAGCUUCAGGUUGAUGGACGUCAAGUUAUUCUCGAAAUCCUCGAUACUGCGGGGACCGAGCAAUUCGUCGCCAUGAGGGAUCUGUACAUGAAAACCGGUCAAGGUUUUCUUCUUGUGUUCAGUAUCACAUCGUCUUCCUCCCUAAGUGAACUGGCAGGUUUGCGUGAAGAAAUCAUCCGGAUAAAAGACGACGAAAAUGUACCUCUUGUUAUUGUCGGUAACAAAGCCGAUUUGGAGGAGAAUCGCGCUGUGCCCCGAGCCAAGGGCUUCUCCAUCUCACAACGAUGGGGCGCACCCUACUAUGAGGCUAGCGCGAGGACAAGGACCAACGUUGAUGAGGUCUUUAUCGAUCUCUGCAGGCAAAUGUUGCGAAAAGAGGACGAACAACACGCGAAUGACGGACCCAAUGACGACUACAAGUAUGAUCACGGCCGGAGUUCUCAUAGACGUCAACGACGUCGCCGAAAGAAGGACUCACCGCGAUGUGUGAUCCUGUGA